CAAAUUGUGACGAAACGAAACUACUGCCAGAAUCAAAUUGUUUUAUGAAUAAUAAUCUGUGAUAAGUUCUUUAUUUUAUAUUUCAUUGCAUUCGUUCCAAUUAAAAACAUCAUUAAUAUACAAGAAUAUUUACUUAUGCAAAGCGAUGAAUAUCUCAGGUAUAUUUUUCUUUGAUGAUAAGUUUUUGUAAUGAAUGUUGUUUGAAUAAUGGAUGAUAGAAAACGUCGAAGGGGCAUGUAUGUUACAGCAAGACAGAAGAAGAAACUGGCAGAAUUAGUGACGAAACAUCCACAACUGAUUGCCUGCAAGGUGACACAGGAUUUCAACUACAGCGACUCACAAAAACUGUGGCAAAACAUCGCGAACGAAUGCAAUAACGUACCUGGUCCGGGAGCACGGAAAACCUGGCGUCAGUGGAGGAAGACUUGGCAAGAUUUGAGGUCCAAGACAAAGAAAAGACAAGCUGAAAUAAAUGGUGAAGUUCCCCCUUCUGUGAUAAUGCUUACUCCAGCUGAACAAGAAGCAUUGGGUUUAAAAAAUGUUUCUUCUACAACAAGCUAUCAAGAAACCACAGAGUUUGUACCUUUGGACCAAGAUACCCAAGAAGAUUUUAAUAAUGAAGCAGAAUCUGCACCAACAUAUAGUGACCCAGAAUCACCUCCAGAAGUAAAAGUGUUUGCCCGAGCUUCAGAACACAAAGAGCCAAAAGUUAAGAAUUCCAGCUCCAGAGGGGAUAGACACUCGAGUAACUGUUUUUUUAAUUGUGACAUUCUAGCUUCUAUUGAACAGAGAAGGACUCAAUUAAAAGAAGAUUUCAUAAAUUAUAAAAAGGACUAUUUAAAACAAAAGUUAAAAUUAAUGAAAGAACAAACUGAAGCACUAAAAAUUAUUGCUAAAGAACUUUCUAAAUAAGAAAUAAAUGAGGAAUAUUUUGUACUCAGUUUUAGUCAUAUUCUAAGUAAUUUAAAAGCUUACUUGAUAAAAUAUUCAAUGUAAUCAUAACAAUUAUUUUACUCAGAGAAAGCAGAAGUUUUUACAGAAGUUUCAACAUUUAAUAUGAAAUUGGAACGUGAAAUUCAAAUUUAUUUGCUAAGUUAUUGUAAGUAAUUUUAAGUACAAUAUUUGCAAUAAUUAAGUUUAGUUAUCUAAUAAAUCUACUUUUUAUUUUACUUUUAUUGUUAUCUUUGAUAUCUGAAUGCAGCACAAGCACAAAGAGUAAAAGUAUAUAGUAUA